AUAAUCUCAGCCGAGCGCGACUCAGCGGGCGGCUAUUGGGCGUCCACACGGCAAGCCAACGCGCUGAAAGAGACUCCCACGUUUAUUUGCUGCUGCCACGCGCAACAUUAGCCCGGCGCCGCCCCUGCGCUGUGAUUAUAAAAGGCCGCCCCUCGCCGCCUGCCCUGGGCCCGCGCGCGCACUCGCGGCCCGCUGUCGCCGAGCACCCAAGCCCAACACACAACGAUGCCGCGUUAUUUCUGUGAUUAUUGUGAUGUGUACCUUACGCACGACUCCGCGCCCGGUCGAAAGCAGCACAUCCGGGGCUGGAAGCAUCGGGAAAAUGUGAAGCAGUACUACGAGCAGUACAUGAAGCAGUUUUAUGAACAAAAUAGCGGCAUGGGAAUGAUGCCUCCGGGUAUGGCGAUGGGCUCGCUCGGAGCGCUGACCGCGGGCCGCGCGCCCGUGGGUCUGCUCGGUCAUCGCCCGGGCGUCGCCCCACCAUUAGCGCUCGUGGGCGCGCCCGGCUCGAUCCCGCGGCCACCGCUCGGCUACCCGCGGCCGCCGCUGGGCGUGCCUCCCCCUAUGGGGUCGAUUCCUGUGUGGAAAUCAACCAGUGUGUCGGCGUGCACCCGACAAUUCUUCGCUAAGUCAUUUCUCGGCAAUGACGCGGCCGUCCUGGCUCGGUCGAGCGGCGAGGAACCGGCAUCGCCACGCCAUCGAGCAGGUGUAGCGUCGAUGGCGUGGAGGACGACGCGAUGAUUCAGCACGAACGCGCCGUAAAAUUUUGAUUUCCACACAGGUCGAUUCCUCCGCCGCCGCGGCCGCCGGGCUUUCCCCCCGGUAUGGCCAUGCCGGGCAUGCCUCCGAUGGGCUUCCCGCCGCCGCCGGGCUCGCAGCUGUGUGGAAUCAACCAGCGAGCUAGGCUGUCUCAUCACGUCGAUGGCGUGGGGCGCCCGAAAUUUUAUUUCCACGCAGGCUCGAUCCCGCCACCGCCAGGAUCCGUGCCACGGCCUCCGUUCCCCAUGUCAGGCUUUCCGGGA